UAUAAAAACAACGUUCAGAAAACAAAAGCAUCCCAAACUGAUAGGAGGGCAGGCCAUCAAUCAAAUAAAGCAAAUGAGCAAUUAUUGCUGCAUAUGUUAAGACCAACAAGGCAUUUACUGACGGAAAACUAUCACAGGUAAUGAACCAUCAUUUUCUGCAACAGACAUUUUGCGAUUUAAUGAAGUUAGCCAUCAUGUUUGUCAAAUCAGACCUUUAUUUAGAGCUCUGAUUAUCCAGCUUUGCUCCUCUUAUGGAUAAGAGGGACUUUAUGCUUAGACCCGGAUACAAAGAUACACCUGCUGAGUUUCCCACUCUCAACUCGACUGUGACCAUGAAGUUGGCUAUUCUGAUCUGCGUUUCUGUUCUCAUUUACCUCUCUGUGGCAGAAGCACAACAGAGUGAGGACAACAGUGUUCCUGAUUUUGGAUGUACUCGUGAGUACAAUCCAGUGUGUGGAGAUGAUGGUGUCACAUACUCCAAUGAGUGCAUGCUACACUGGGAGAACAAGUCUCGUGACAAGAAUGUCAACCUGAAGCACGUAGGAGUGUGUGAGACCUCCUGAAUUCACUGCCGUUACAUCUAUGGCAUCCACAAUGGCUUUCCAUUUAGAUACUACAGCAACAACCAGCAUGAUUUUCUGUCAUACAUUAAUCAGUAUAAUAGGAAGACAUAUGCUAUUGGAACUUUAUCAGACAUUGCUUUGUCGACAUGUAAUCUCAUGCAAUAAACAGAGAAGCAUUUAAGAGCUCUAUUUUCUUAAUAAAUUAAUAAAAAUAAUUUCAAA